AUGAAAUCUAAAUCUCAUGUAUAUCGUUUAAAACCACAAGUGGAGACGAUGAUAGGACGUGAACAUGCACAUUAUGAAAAAAUUAACAAAUUCAGUUUGUUUGGUGUGCUCAUUUUAUAUGUCGAUGGUUCUCAUGGUCAUCGCACACGCUCUGAUAGUUAUCAUGAAAGAACAAAUUUUAGUUCAUUCAUGAGCGAGCAUUCAUGCUACGAAACAUUCCGAAGCUCAUUAUCAUUGCGUGAAGAACAAAAAAAGUUGCAAACCUUCAUGGAAUGCGAAAUUGCUUCCAGAAUUCUAUGUCCAUUAAAACGUUAUUCAGUUCAUGUUCAUGUAACAAACUUUCAUUGUCCUAAGAACCAGAAGGAACCUUUAGGCAUGUCUUGGAAUGUUGAAAUGAAAUAA